CAUUUUUCCCUCAAUUUUUUAUUCAACAGAGAGAAAAAAAGAAGAAGGGGAAAACAGAGAAGAGAGAAAAUGGCUACUCUGAGUAUUCCUCCAGUUUUAACUACGCCUCGCGAUGAUGCCAUGCACCUUUACAAAGCUUUCAAAGGAUUUGGAUGUGAUAAAGCAGCAGUCAUUAACAUCCUUGCUCAUCGUGAUGCUACUCAGCGUGCUCUUAUUCAACAGGAAUACAGAACUAUGUAUUCUGAAGACCUAACCAAACGCUUGGUCAAAGAGCUUAGCGGUAAACUUGAGAAAGCAAUCUUGCUAUGGAUGUAUGAUCCAGCAGGAAGGGAUGCUAUCCUAGUAAGGCAAGCUUUGAGUGCUGACUCCAUUGAUCUCAGAGCUGCCACUGAAGUGAUAUGUUCACGGACUCCUUCUCAAAUAGUACAUUUGAAACAACUUUACCAUUCCAUGAAUGGUAUCUACCUGGAGCAUGAUAUUGCGCUUCACGCAUCUGAUGAUCACAAAAAGUUGCUUCUAGCAUAUGUAACCACAAUGCGCUAUGAAGGCCCAGAAGUUGACAGGGCUUCGGUUGAUCAUGAUGCUAAAGCUCUUUACAAAGCUGGGGAGAAGAAACUGGGAACUGAUGAGAAGACUUUUAUACGAAUUUUCUCUGAAAGAAGUAGGGCACACCUGGCUGCUGUUAGUUCUGCUUAUCACAGCAUGUAUUCCAGGAAGUUAAAAAAGGCUGUAAAAAGUGAAACCUCUGGACUCUUUGAGUUUGCUCUCUUGACUAUUUUGCAAUGUGCUGAGAAUCCAGCAACAUACUUUGCAAAGGAGUUGCACAAGGCAAUGAAGGGCUUGGGGACGAAUGAUACAACUCUCAUUAGGAUAGUAGCCACGCGAACUGAGAUUGAUAUGCAGUAUAUAAAAGCAGAGUACCAGAAAAAGCAUAAGAAAUCUCUUAAUGAUGCUGUUCAUUCGGAGACUUCUGGUGAUUAUCGUACCUUUCUUCUAUCUCUUCUGGGGCCUGCUCACUGAAUGAAGAGUCUAUGCCAUGCAACAGGUGUUAUUAGUAUGGUAUCAGUGUUGAAACUAGUGUGUAAGGCAAGCAGUUUCUGUUGCAUGCUUAUUAAUGUUUGCUUAUUUGCCUAGUUGGUUGAUUUGGAACAAUGUCUGUCCAUGAUCAGUUGCUAAACGUGAAUGGUGUUGUGAAGGUGCUUUCAGAUGUUCACUUA